AUGCCUGAAAAAAUACCAAAACCUACUAAUAUUGAUAGUGUCAAAUCCAGUUCCGCCACAAACGCUGGAAAUGUUGCCGGAAACUCUAUCGCCAAGAAGGUGACUAAAAGAAAUCCUGCCUUUCAAGCUAUGGGAAUACCUAAUUUCAAGUUGCCAAAUAAAAAAUGGAUGUCAUUCUGGACAUUUUUAGGUGGUGCAGUUGGUUUGUGGUUGUACGAUCGUAAUGAACAGAAACAAAUUAGGUCUAAAUACUGUCAAUUGGUUGAAAAAUAUGGUCUCGCAAAAAUACCUCCAAAUGUAACUUCUAGAAAAUUGACUGUUUACAUAACACCACCACCUAACGAUUAUUUAAGUACUUCUAUGAAAGUUUGGAGGAGAUAUAUUAAACCUAUUUUUUAUACUGCGGGCCUAGAUUACGAUGUGUUUACUGGUGAGAGACAAGGUAGCAUUAGAAUUGAAGUUAGUGGUAAAAUUAGAGAGUUACGGAGAAAAAUUAUAGCAAACGAUAAAAAAUUGUAUGAACUGCAGCAAAAAAAAAGAUUAGAGUCUUCUUGGAAAUAUAGAAUCUCGCGUAUCUGGCAGAAUGGGCUCCUACCACAACAUAAAAAAUCCACCACCGAAUUAGAAGAGGAUCCAAUACAACAAAAACUUAUGGCUCAAAAAUAUAAGGAUGAGUUUGAUUAUAAAAAUUUAUUGGGAGUCUAUUAUCAAAAUGACAAUUUAAAAAAAUUAGAAUUUUUUAAUGAAGAUUCUAAGGUGGAAUAUGUUGUUUUGGCUGGCGGUGUUGUUUGUUUGGGCAGGGGUGCUUACAAAGAAUAUAUUCAAGGCGUUCACGAAGGAUUAUUGGGCCCAAUAAAUACCCCAGAAUUUGUUACUAAAGAUAUUGAAGUAAGAAAAGAGGCAUGGAGAGAGGAACAGAAAAAACUUAGCGGACAAAAUGCUGAUGAUGCUGCACCAAUUGAUGAAUCCGAAAUGCCCAAGUUCAUACCUAAACCUUUUAUCUCUCCGGAAAAUUACGCAACUGAGGGGAAAUUGCCGGGCGAGUUAGUAGAUAAAACUAGAGCUUUAGGAUCAAAUAUUCCUUUUGUUUUCAGGCAGCCUAUUUUAGAAAUACCACACCCUAAAGUGGUUGGGUUUUUAAAUAUUCCAAGACGUAUUUACAGAUUUUACACAAAAAGAUACGAGGUAGAAACAUUCUGCCGUGAAGCUGCUAGCGUAGUUUUACAAAAAACACACCCAUUUACAGAAAAAGAUUUGGAUUGGGGUAAGUUUGAAGAAGACGAAUGGCCUGCUAGAUGGGUGCAAACAGGAAUAGAUAAACAUAGUGAAUGGGUCCAACCAUUAGUUGGUGACGCACGUGUUUAUAGUCAAUUGACUUGUUUUGAUCCUUCCAAAGUGCCCAAGUUGUAUACUGGUGGUGAUUCUGAGGUUGUUGGAAAAGAGUCUAAUGUAAAAUAA